CCCCCAAAAGGACAGUGGGGACAAUCCCCUUCCGAACUGCAAUUGUAGCUGCCAAGGAGUAGCCAACAAGGACCAGAUUUAUGUGCACUUUGAAAGAAGCACCUUCACCAUUGGCUUUUUGAGAGGCGCUGUCGCUAGGGAGCGGCUGGUAGGGCGAGCCCAGCUUCUGGGAGAAGCCCGGGCUGUUUGUUCCUGUAACCUGGGAGAGGGGCGCACACAGUCGCGCGUCCCUGUACGCACACUCCUGCUCGCCGCCCCUGGGCGCCCGCUGGGAGGAGCAGCGUCUCCGCGAUCGCCUCCCACCCCCUGAUUCCUGCUGCUGCCGCCCAGAGGAGAGACGAGCCUCUGCCUCGAAUUUCCCCUCGGCGCUGGCGCUGCGGAGAUUGGCGCGGGUGGGCGUGAGGAAGAGAACCCGCUGAAUGAGUUCUCCCCUCGCCUUGGAGUUGUCUGAGUUGGCGGCACAGCGCCCGGGUUUCCGGCACUCAGCGCCCCACGACCUCGCCUCUCCCGGGGUUGUUGCCCACGCCCGCGCCGAGGGUGGCACCAGCCGCGCCAGGGUUGCUGAGGCUCCUAAGCUCCUGUCCCGGCCCCAUUUCGGGGCAAAGGAGGGUUGUCCCCCACGGAGACGCACAGUCGCGCGGUCUUCUCGCGGCCGAUUCAGCGUGUCCAUGGCGUCUCAUCAGCAAACCCGUAUCCAGGCUUACCUAGAGAAGAACAAGAUCGGUCCUCUGUUUGAGGAAUUAAUGACUAAGCUAAUAACUGAGACACCUGACCAGCCAAUCCCAUUUCUUAUUGACCAUCUUCAGUCUAAACAAGGAAAUCGUGGACAACUGCAAAGAACUUUGUCUGGAUCUGCAGCUCUCUGGGCAGAAAGUGAAACAUCAGAAUCUAAAGGAACAAGAAGGGAUUUCAGAAGCUAUGAUAAACCUUGGCAAUUAAAUGCAAAGAAGCCUAAAAAAUCAAAAAGUGACCUUGCUGUGUCUAAUAUUUCUCCCCCAUCGCCAGACUCCAAAUCAUUGCCAAGGGCAGUAGAGCAUCCUAAGUGGAACUGGCGGACUAAACCAGGAAGCCGGGAUUUUGAUGAAUUGAACCACAUCCUUCAAGAGAGCAAGAAGCUCGGGAAAGCCCUUGAGAAUCUCUCCCGAAGUAUUGCAAUUUCAGAUGAACUUGAUAAGGAAACAGUGGCUUUCAAUUCUUCUCUCCUGAGGCCCCGAGUGAUCGGAGAAUGGAUUGGUAGAGAAGAAAACGAUGCUGAUCCACUAGCUGCUGAAAUGCUGCAGCCCCCAGUUCCAAGAAGUAAAAAUGACCAAUGGGAAAGCGAAGACAGUGGCUCUAGCCCUGCAGGAAGCUUGAAGAUGGAGCCCAAGACUAAAGGAUUAAAACAGCAGCAGCAGCAGCAUAAGAAACUCCUGGCAGCCAUGCUUUCUCAGGAUUCCUUUGAGUCCAUCCACAGCCCUACUCCAUCUGUAACAGAAGAAGACAUUGACAACGAAGAUGAUGCAAUGGAGUUGCUGGAGGAUCUUGAUGAUUUAAGAAUGGAGGGAGUAACAACCCUGGUACAUUCUGGGAGCAAAUUUAACCAAGGCCGACCUACUCAUCCUGCUGAGCCCCAGGCCAAGGUCACACUGAAUAUCUGUUCAAGGUGUGCCAGGCUUCAAGGAGACAAUCUGGCUGAAAGGACUGAAGAGACGUUACGAUUGCUUCAUUCUCCAGACGAAAUAAUCCCAGAUUCAUUGGAUUCUUUACCUGGGACUGAAGAAGCACUGAUGGAGGAGGGUGAAGAAUUUGAGAAAGCAUCUAAAUUAACAGGACCUGGAGAAGUCUCCAGUGGUGGACACCCACUGAAAAACUAUCCGGAAGAAGAUGAAUCUUUAAAGCAACUACAGGUACUUCAUCAACCAUGGCUCUUGCCAAGUGACACAGAAAGUGAAGGCGUCGAGGCAGAACAAGACAAACGACUAUGUUACCCUCUAAGGAAGUACUGCCUCCUAGCAGAGGAGGUUUGCUAUUAAAUGAAGUCAGUGCACAUUUCUGGGACAGUCAACAGAGUUGCAGGAAGCUGAUGGUUUUCAUGGGGUCUAGUUGAGAAAGAAGGAGCAUAUUGAUGAUAAAAUCAUCUUUGAUGGAUAUGUGUUCAAGCUCAGAAAUUGUACCCUGAAAUAUGGCAUUUUGGGCAGGCUGAGCGCUUUGAACUAAACAAGAAUAAAGUUUGAUGUCCUGUCCUCUUGUCACCAAAGACUUUGUCACAAACUGGCAUCUAUUCUCCUGAGCAGUUCUCAGAGGCAACUCUCAGUACCUGGCAUUUUAUCUGCAACAAGACAACCUUGAUCCACCAUUCAUCUUCUUUCUUCACUGCCCAUAACUUGUGGCCCCUUAUCACAGCAGCCCUUAUUUCUUUCUGUAGCUCAAGAUGGUAUGAAAACUCUAAUCAUUUGGCCCUUCUUCUAGUCAUAUCUUAUGGAACUCCUAUUCAUAAACAUGUAAUGAAAGUAGUUUUCUUCUGUUAAUCUAUGUCAGUUUAUUUUAUAGACUUGAUUACCAAAUCUUCAGAGGGUAAAAAGAAAUUUUUCCUCUCCUAAUCAAAUGAAGUUGCAAAAUAAAGAAGCCUACGAAAAAGGUUUACAAGCAUCUACCUUCAUUUGUUAGUGAAAGCAAGUGAUUAUGACUAAAAAACUAUGCGAGAGAAACAACUUCUUCCAAAUAUGAAGGAGUAGCUAGAAUAAAACUUACCUUCUGACUAUAAAACAGCAAAGAACACAAAUAAUAUGUAUUAUGCAAUUGUUUUCAGGAAUGAGGAUAACAGUUAAGAAUUAAGAAGCCUCAGAGAAUGGUGGCUAAGGAGUCAGGUCAUAAAAUUAGCCAAGUUUUCCUCCUUCAGGCAGAUUUUAGAUUAUGAUCCAAGGAGAGAACUCAAAAUAGUGCAGAAUGAUAUAAAUUGAUUUAAAAAAUGAAAUUUGGAGAGGCAAUAGUUGCUGGAAUUUGCAGUAUAACUUACCGGGAGAUUGACCUAUGAAGAGAAAGAAUCCCAGAGAUUUUCAAGAAUUUCCUUUGAGUCAUUGGCUAAAUACUAAUUAGGGCAAAAUUAGGGUAAGAUUCCAUAAGGCUAUAAAAAGAGUGAUUGCCAGUAAACUAUAAGAGGAAAACUUCCUAAGGUCAUAUAGUUCUGGGAAGUACUUGAGUUCCAACCAUAUAAGACAGAAAGAGAAGGAGGAGAAGGAAAAGGAGAAGUUUGUUAACUUCUAAGAAAAGCAGAAAGUUUUCAUACUUAAAUUUUAAUAUAAAUUAAUACUUCCAGAGAUAAUACUUCAUUGUUUAGCUGUAUUAGUCAAAUGAGUGUAUUUGGAAACUGUUUGUAAAGCCAGAUUUGAAAUAAAAAUAUGUGUUUUGGCAAUUGAUACAAUUGGACCACACUUAUUUGUAAUAUAUACUCUCACCUUUGCCAAGUUAUCUCAGAGUACAUGAUGUAGUUUGUGAAAAUUUUCUCAAAAUUCAGUUUUGUAUACAAUACUCCAAAUGGUUUGUGUUCAUCCAUAAAGAAAUAAAACUGUUAAGUGACUCUGCUGACUGCUACAAUGAGGUAUUUCCAAAAAAGCCCUUGUAACUAAAAUAUAGCACUUAUAAUUAAUCCCUUUAAAAUUAGUUGUACAUGUAUGUGUAUUUCUAUUGAACAUAAUUAGCUAACCACAGCUCACAACUUAUGCCCAUAUGCUCCAUGUAAUCUGUUUAUAGAACAGGUCAGAUGACAUAAUAUAGAUUUUGGCCAGUAAUCACAUUCUCUUUCCACAAACAACAUCUGAAAUGAUAAGGACAACAUCCACAUGAAUAGCUUCCAACAGGUAAAAUUAUUAUAACCCACAUUUGCCAACUCAACUUUAAUCCCAUUUUGUUGGUCAAAUAUUUUGAGAAGGAGAUGUAUGAUUCUAGCACGUGGCUCAGUACUUCACUUCAACAGGAAAGUAACUCUCAGGCAUCAAGGAUGUAGGACCAGGGAACACUGCAACUGGAGAGGACAAGGAUGUGUGAGAAAGCUGAGCUGGGGGUGGAGCCACAUGCUCCAGGUUGGCCUUGUGAUAGAAAUGCCAAUCCAAAGCCUUGAUUUCACACAGCCUUGAUCUCAUUGUCCCUACUUGCCAGUUCCAGUAAAAGGUGCUCCCUCCUUUUGCUCCCCCUCCAAAAAUGUUAUCAAAAGAUGCAGAGUUUUCCCUUCUCUGCUUUCUACCCCAUGACAGUACGGAAAUCACUGUCAUGUCCCCAGAAUGGAAGAACUUGUCUCUUCUCUAGUUUUAUUCACAGUGAUGAAUAUAUUACCAUUAAUUUCUGACUUUUUAAAAAAAAAAUAUAUCCUUCUGGGGUCCCAACUGUCAUUAAGUGGAUCUCUAGUUAUUUUUCAACAACAUUAAAUAUUCUUUGUAAUAUUCAUGAUAUGCUUUGGGAUCCAUGUUCUGAUAAAUUAUGCUAAUUGGAAUGCUGUUAUUUUCCUUGUUGAUAUAAUUACUUAUCUUGCUGUUCCUGGUUAUUUUCUUAAGUUUGAUAGAUCAUUUGAUAUGUUUUCAGUGCAUAACAAAAUAAAUACUCUCAUUAGAUUUUUAAAGUAAUACUAACUCAUUUAACAAAACUCUUACCAUUAUAGUAUAGUUUACAUAUUAACCUCAGGCAAUUUUGCCUUCUAAAAAGAUUGUACAAUAACAUAUAUUCUUAGUUCUGGGGCAUGGAUAGGAAUCUGUUUCUCUUCAAUUCUUCCUCGGGACCACUCCAGAGAAUGCCUGUAAAGCCAGAAAGUCCAGUUCCAGCAAGUGACUUCAGGUGUCCACGUUAGCACUUCCAUCCCCCAUCAAAAAGACAUUGGGAUCUUCCAUGUGCCAUAAUGCUUGGGUGAAGGGGAAUACUGUGAGCAAUUUGCUUCUGAGAUCUAUUUGUAUGAGUUUGUCUUUUUAUUAAUAAAAGAGAAUAUGUCCA